AUGGGGUGCAAGGCAUGCCAGAAGCCCAAGGUGCAGUACCGCAAGGGCCUGUGGUCGCCGGAGGAGGACGAGAAGCUCCGCGACUACAUCCUCCGCUACGGCCACGGCUGCUGGAGCGCUCUGCCCCUCAAGGCUGGGCUGCAGCGCAACGGCAAGAGCUGCAGGCUGCGAUGGAUCAACUACCUGAAGCCGGGGCUCAAGCACGGCAUGUUCUCCCGGGAGGAAGAGGAGACCGUCAUGAGCCUUCACGCCAAGCUGGGCAACAAGUGGUCUCAGAUCGCACGGCAUCUGCCGGGCCGGACGGACAACGAGGUGAAGAACUACUGGAAUUCGUACCUCAAGAAGCGUGUCGAGGGCGGCGCGCAGGGCAAGGGCGCGGCGGCGGACCCGGCGACACCCGCCCCUUCCGACGUCCACGGGAGCCCGGACCCCAGCGAGAACAACGGCCAGGGGUCCGUCGUCAGCCGGCCGGCGAACUCCGACUGGUCCGAGCCGGCGGUGGAGUCGUCCUCGGCCGACGACUCCAGCUGCCUCACCGCCACCGAGCCUGCGGGCGCGGGCGCCGCCGUGCGACCGCACGCGCCCGUGCUCCCGAAGGUCAUGUUCGCGGACUGGCUGGACAUGGACUACGGGACCAGCCUGGUGGCGCUGGGUCCGGACGCCGGGGUCUUCGACGUGGGCGGCCGCAGCCCGGCCCAGGGCCUGAGCCACCAGGGGUCGUCCGUGCAGGUCGACGGCCCGUACGGCGCCGUGGAUUCCCUGCACGGGCUCGGCGUCGGCGGCAUGUGCUGGGAGUUCGACGUGGCGGCGGAUCAGUUGGACGUGCAGGGUGGAGGAGGGUUCUGCGAUUUGCUCUCCAUGAGCGAGUUCCUUGGGAUCAACUAG